GGGACCCCGUUGCUUGGUCAGCCCCCUGGUCUGUGGCCGGGCCCUUCCCUGCCCGGCCUGCCGGCCGCCCAGUGGCCACCCGGCCCCCAGCCCGGCCCAUCGCCCGGCCCGCCUCCUCCCGACCCGCUGCUCCCUCCCUUCCCCCUGACGGGAUCUGGUCGGCCUACUUUCUCCCACCCCAGGCCAGGCCAGUACCAUCAAGAAGCCAAACCUGGGCUCCGCCCCCCCAAGAAAGAAGAUGGGACCCAAACCCGAACGCACAGAAGACCAGAAACAAGAAAUUAGAGAGGCAUUUGAUCUCUUUGAUACAGAUGGAACCGGGACAAUAGAUGUUAAGGAGCUCAAGGUGGCCAUGAGAGCUCUGGACUUCAAACCCAAGAAAGAAGAGAUCAAAAAAAUGAUAUCUGACAUUGACAAGGAGGGGACGGGAAAAAUCAGUUUCAAUGACUUCUUGGCUGUGAUGACUCAAAAAAUGGCUGAAAAGGAUACCAAAGAAGAAAUUCUGAAGGCUUUCAGACUCUUCGAUGAUGAUGAAACCGGAAAAAUCUCCUUCAAGAACUUAAAACGUGUGGCCAGAGAGCUAGGGGAAAACCUCACUGAUGAGGAACUGCAGGAAAUGAUUGAGGAAGCUGAUCGAGAUGGAGAUGGAGAAGUCAGUGAACAGGAGUUCCUGCGGAUCAUGAAAAAGACCAGUCUCUAUUGAGGUCAAUCUCUUCCCCUUUUGCAGGCACAUACAAAUAGAUUUUCUGGUUAUGAAGGUUCCUUGUUUUCAUUUUUUGAGGCAUCACUACAGUACAUAGAGGCUGAUUUUCCCCUUCCACUAAUUUAUCUAGAAAAUUACAUUGGCAAAUACUUGACUCAGUUGUACGUUUUCUAAAGAAUUCUAAAAACAGUUCUAGAUAAAAUGCCUUGUCAAUGAAUUUUGCAAUUUGAAACCUACUAGGCUUAAGGUUGGGGGCCUGGAACUCCUCUCCCCCCACCCUUUUGCCUGAUAUCUCUUCUUUCUUUCAUUAAUAUUACACCAAACCCCAGAACAAAAUUCAAGUUUUACGGCCACCAAAGUGGGAACAAAGAAUAUCUCCUUUAAGGUGCUGGUUCCCUUAUCAC